CCCGCGAGCGCCCGCCGCGCGGCGAUCGGCCAUCCGCGGCCUGGGGCUGCCCUGGGGGCGUGCGGCGCUCCCCGAGGACGGGCGUGUCCGCGCGGCGCCGGGCUGGGCGCGAACGCGGGGCCGCAGCCCGUGGGAGCGCGGGGGGCGCCGGGCCGGGGGCGAUCGGAGCCCCGCGGGGGCUGCGCGGCGCGGCUCCCCGGGCAGAGCAGUUUUCGCCAACUCUCCGCCUCCGUCUCAUCGGGGCCCACCGCCGCCGGAAGACCCCGUCCGGACCCGCCGAGAAAGGAGUGUCAUGGAAAAGGAACAGAAAAGAGACGUCAGUGCUGGUGGAAGGGGAGUUUUCUUUCCCAGCUGGUGAUUACUUCAUAUUUGGAAGCGAAGUACCUUCUAGGUGGCUGAAGAGAUUAGAUUUUCAUAGUUGUACCGAUGAAGCUGAUAAAAGAAGAUGGGAAAAUGCUUUCUCUGGGUCAUAAUAGGCUGAUGAGUAAGUAAGCCUGAAAAAGACAGAUCUGAAAUGAGGGCAGGAAUCGUGUUUUAAAACCAAGUAGGACUUUGAACACUUGUUGAGGAUGUUUUUCUCCCAAAAAUGGAGAAAGAAAAAAAAUUCUCAAAGCAAGAAGUGUAAAAAGCUGAGCAGAGUAACAACCCAGUUUGCUCCAAGAAUUUCAGUACUUCGUCAACUGCUUUGAGCGCACACAGGCAAAGGCAUCAGACCUGUUUGAUGAUCUUAUCACUGGUGAUGGUUUCCUGUGUCAGGAAUGACGUCUUAAUUUGGAUUUUGGAGUGCUUUUUCCUUUCUUUCUUUCUUUUUUUUUUUUUUUCUCUUUCUUAAACAGCGUGUUUUAUGACUCUUCAAGUUCGGUAGAUUUAUGUCAAGGAAGUAAAUCGUGAAUUCAUGGUAUUUUUGACUAUCUCCACCUGUUUGCUGGGUGAUAUGAGAAAAUUAGAGGUUUUACCAUUCCUUGAAGUUUAAUUGGAAGCAACACUGCAUCACGGAAACAGAUCCACAGUGUAAGUUUUCUCUCUGGCAACUGUACUGGCUUUGAAUGAGCCGAAUGUCAGCUGGAUUUCACAGCGUAUAUGAUUUACAGUCUUUGUUUUAUCAAGGCCUUAAAUGUAUGUUUCAUGCUCAGCAGAUGGGAAACACGUUGAGCACUGUGUGUGACAUGUAUGCCUGAGGAAAGGAGCUCCCCCAUGGAUCAUGGCGUUAGUGUUUACAGGACAUUUCUUAUUUGUAGUAUUAGCCAUGUUUGCUUUCUCUACUUUUGAGGACUCUGUGAGCAAUUACUCUGACUGGGCAGUUUUCACAGAUGACAUAGAUCAGUUUAAGACACAGAAAGUGCAAGAUACCAGACCCAACCAAAAGCUGAAGAAAAGUAUGCUUCACCCACGUUUAUAUUUUGAUGCUGGAGAGAUCCAAGCAAUGAGGCAAAAGUCUCGCACAAGCCAUCUGCAUCUUUUUAGAGCUAUCAGAAGUGCAGUGACAGCUAUGCUGUCUAACCCGACAUACUACCUACCUCCAUCCAAGCAUGCUGAUUUUGCUGCCAAGUGGAAUGAAAUUUAUGGUAACAAUCUGCCUCCUUUAGCACUGUACUGUUUGUUAUGCCCGGAAGACAGAGUUGCCUUUGAAUUUGUCUUGGAAUAUAUGGACAGGAUGGUGGGCUACAAAGACUGGCUGGUAGAGAACGCACCAGGGGAUGAGGUUCCAGUUGGCCAUUCCUUAACAGGCUUUGCCACUGCCUUUGACUUUUUAUAUAACUUCUUAGAUGAUCAUCGAAGACAAAAAUAUCUAGAAAAAAUAUGGGUUAUUACUGAGGAAAUGUAUGAGUAUUCCAAGGUCCGCUCAUGGGGCAAACAGCUGCUUCAUAACCACCAAGCUACUAAUAUGAUCGCAUUACUCACCGGGGCCUUGGUGACGGGGGUAGAUAAAGGAUCUAAAGUAAAUCUGUGGAAGCAGGUUGUAGUCGAUGUGAUGGAAAAGACGAUGUUUCUGUUGAAUCAUAUUGUCGAUGGUUCUUUGGAUGAAGGUGUGGCCUACGGAAGCUACACAGCUAAGUCAGUCACCCAGUAUGUUUUUCUGGCCCAGCGCCAUUUUAAUAUCAACAACUUGGACAAUAACUGGUUAAAAAUGCACUUUUGGUUCUAUUAUGCCACCCUUUUGCCAGGCUUCCAAAGAACUGUGGGUAUAGCAGAUUCCAAUUAUAAUUGGUUUUAUGGUCCCGAGAGCCAGUUAGUUUUUUUGGAUAAGUUCGUCUUAAAGAAUGGAGCUGGAAAUUGGUUAGCUCAGCAAAUCAGAAAGCACCGACCUAAAGAUGGACCGAUGGUCCCCUCUACUGCCCAGAGGUGGAGUACUCUUCACACGGAAUACAUCUGGUAUGACCCUCAGCUCACCCCCCAGCCUCCUGCGGAAUAUGGCACUGCAAAAAUGCACAUGUUCCCUAACUGGGGUGUUGUCACUUAUGGGGCUGGGUUGCCAAAUACACAGACCAAUACCUUUGUGUCUUUUAAAUCUGGGAAGCUAGGAGGGCGAGCUGUGUAUGACAUAGUUCACUUCCAACCAUACUCCUGGAUCGAUGGGUGGAGAAGCUUUAACCCAGGACAUGAACAUCCAGAUCAGAACUCAUUUACUUUUGCCCCCAACGGGCAGGUGUUUGUUUCCGAAGCUCUCUAUGGACCCAAGCUGAGCCACCUUAACAACGUACUAGUGUUUGCUCCAUCACCCACAAGCCAGUGCAAUAAGCCCUGGGAAGGUCAGCUGGGCGAGUGUGCGCAGUGGCUCCGGUGGACGGGUGAGGAGGUUGGGGAUGCAGCGGGGGAGGUCAUCACUGCCUCGCAGCAUGGGGACAUGAUAUUUGUGAGUGGGGAAGCAGUGGCUGCCUACUCCUCAGCAAUGAAGCUGAAAAGCGUGUAUCGGGCUUUGCUUCUUUUAAAUUCUCAGACUCUGUUAGUUGUUGAUCACGUCGAGAGGCAAGAAGAUUCCCCAAUAGAAUCUGUCAGUGCCUUCUUCCAUAAUCUGGACAUUGAUUUUAAGUACAUCCCAUACAGGUUCAUGAACAGGUAUAAUGGCGCCAUGAUGGACGUGUGGGAUGCACACUACAAGAUGUUUUGGUUUGACCAUCGUGGCCGUAGCCCCAUUGCUAGUAUACAGGAAGCAGAGCAAGCUGCUGAAUUUAAGAAACGGUGGACUCAGUUUGUUAAUGUGACAUUUCAGAUGGAAUCCACAGUUACAAGAAUCGCUUAUGUCUUUUAUGGGCCCUAUGUCAACGUUUCCAGCUGCAGAUUUAUUGAUAAUUCCAAUUCUGGACUGCAGAUUUCUCUCAAUGUCAAUAAUACUGAACAUGUUGUUUCUGUUGUAACUGACUACCAAAACUUGAAGACGAGGUUCGAUUACCUGGGAUUUGGUGGCUUUGCCAGUGUGGCUGAUCAGGUCCAAAUCACCCAGUUUGGUUUGGGCACUCAAGCUAUAGUGAAGCCCGAAAGACGUGACAGAGUUAUUUUCCCCUUUGGAUUUAAAUUUAACGUAGCAGUUGGGUUGAUUUUGUGCAUCAGCUUGGUGAUCUUAACUUUUCAGUGGCGGUUUUACCUUUCUUUUAGAAAGCUAAUGCGGUGGAUCCUCAUCCUUGUUAUUGCCUUGUGGUUCGUUGAGCUGCUGGAUGUGUGGAGCACUUGCACGCAGCCCAUCUGUGCAAAAUGGGCAAGGCCGGAGGCCGAGGCCAGCGCCAAGGCUGUGUCUCCCGAAGGGCACCGCGCCGAUCUUCCCGAUGUCGUCAUUACCUCACUUCCUGGUUCAGGGGCCGAAAUUCUCAAACAACUUUUCUUCAACAGCAGUGACUUUCUCUACAUCAGGGUUCCCACAGCCUACAUUGACAUCCCUGAAACUGACUUUGAGAUCGACUCCUUUGUGGAUGCCUGUGAAUGGAAGGCAUCAGAUGUCCACGGCGUGCAUUUCCGUUUACUCCGAGGCUGGUUGCAAUCCUUGGUCCAAGACACAAAACUCCAUUUGCAAAACAUCCAUCUGCACGAACCCAGUAGGGGUAAACUGGCCCAAUAUUUUACCACGAGUAAGGACAGAAAAAGAAAGUUGAAAAGGAGGGAGUCUUUGCCAGAACAAAGAAGCAGAAUGAAAGGCGCCUUUGAUAGAGACGCUGAAUACAUUCGGGCUCUGAGGAGACACCUGGUCCAUUACCCCAGCGCGCGGCCCGUGCUCAGCUUGAGCAGUGGGAGCUGGACCUUAAAGCUGCAUCUCUUUCACGAAGUUUUAGGACCUUCGAUGAGGGCCUUGUACGUGGUGAGGGACCCUCGUGCGUGGAUUUAUUCGAUGCUGUACAGUAGUAAACCAAGUCUUUACUCUUUGAAGAAUGUACCAGAGCACUUAGCUAAACUGUUUAAAAUAGAGGGAGGUAAAGGCAAAUGUAACUUAAAUUCGGGCUACGCUUCCGAGUAUGAAUCGUUGAGGAAAGAAUUAUCAAAACCCAGGCCACAGGCCGUCGCCCUGCUGGCUCACGUGUGGCUGGCAAACACCGCAGCAGCCCUGCGGAUCAACACAGACCUGCUGCCUACCCGCUACCAGCUGGUCAAGUUUGAAGAUAUUGUGCAUUUUCCUCAGAAAACCACCGAAAGGAUUUUUGCCUUUCUUGGAAUCCCUUUGUCUCCUGCUAGUUUAAACCAAAUAUUGUUUGCCACCUCCACGAACCUCUUCUAUCUUCCCUAUGAAGGGGAAAUAUCACCAACUAAUACUAAUGUGUGGAAACAGAGCUUGCCUAGAGAUGAAAUUAAACUGAUUGAAAACAUCUGCUGGACACUGAUGGCUCGUCUAGGAUAUCCAAAGUUUAUGGACUGAAUGCUGCAGUGUUCCUGCCUCAGAGGUGUAGAUGAAGUUAUAUUACCGUGGUCAGAGGAGAUCGGAAGAUUUUAAAGGUUUUUGUCUAACUCUCUCCUUCAUGUGUAACUGUGCUUAUCUAGCUCAGAACCUCACACGCUGCUAAAGGCCUUGCAGUUGCUGCUUUACCCAAGUGUCUCUUGCUUUCAGUGGACUACAGAAGUUCCUUAUCUUUUUAGAAGGUGUCCUAACAUAUUUAUCUUGCGCACGUGCACACACACACACACACACAAAUCCUUUUACUGUGUAUAAUGUUCACUGGUGUCACUAGAGAAAUGGCGAAAGCUCCUAUCAGAAUUAUAGGAUCCCUUCUGUAAAAUACAGAUGGAAAUAAAGAUUUUUUUUUUUUUUGAGAUCAGAAACAGUGACCUGAAAAUCCUCCUAAAGUUUUUCACUUAGAAGUCAUAAGGAAUCAGUCUUGGAGCAGAGGCUGCCAAGGACCGGUGCAGUAUUUCAGACCUGCUUGUCUGUUUAAAAUGCUCUCUUUCUUGCUUCCUUGAAGCUGCAGCUGUUCACCACCACCACUCCCACCCUAUCCUUUCUGCCGCUGUCAUGCAAAACAAUCAGUAGUUACUAAUGGCUGAACUCCCAAUAUUUGUGGGGAUUUUUUUUUUCUGUCCUGAUGAUUAAUUUCGCAUCAAAGCCUUACAUAGCCUUAGAAUCAGAUUCCUCCUUGUGGAAUUAUCACUGUAUGACUCAAAGAAAGCAAUGCCACUGCUGCCAGUGUUUUUUUAGACUGGAAACAGAGUUGGAAAACUGCCUGACUUAUCUUGCAUCCCUUUGAAUGAGUCUACAGACCGCCAGUGUCGGCAAAAGUUGAAGGCGAAUGGGAGAUGAUGUCAGAGGCAUCUGUUUCCUUUACCAUCUGCAUCUUAUUAUAAAUGUAGUCGUCAUAAACUGUGGUUCAUUUUAUUUUGGUAGGCUCUGAAAUCAAAAUGCUAUGCCAUUAGAAGCCAGUGGAGUAAUUACAAGGUAUUGGAUGAAAAGUAUUAGGCAGAGUGGAGACUUGAUGAAAAUCUCUGUAUAGACUGCAGUCUUCUUCCUGUUUCAAACUUUAGUUCCCCCCGCCCCCCACUGGGCUCUAACACUUGGGAGUCUGUCAUUCUGACCUAGAUAAAAGUGGCUCUUUCUCAGUAGUUUGUUAUUAUGUCAAAAUGUGCCUCCAGGGUGAUAAAGCUGUGGAUAUGUUACAUUCCAUCUAAAGGUAACUGGGCUGUCAUUUUUCCUCCAUUACCGUGUGAAAGCAGGCCACUCCUCCUCCCCCACAUCUACUUCCUAGCAUAGCUUUCCCCGCCUUCUCUCUACAAUGUCAAAAUGAAUGAAAAUCCUAUUGCAUUAAUACAGGUUGAGAGGGCAACUGAAGACCUGAAUUCGCACUGCUGUUCUCAAGGAAGAUUAUUCUUCCUGUCUCAGGGUUAUCAACAAACAUGUCACAUUUCUACAUGGAUGAUAACACUGUUUCCAUUAUUGGUCAGAGUCUCCGUGGUGUUUGCUUUCAAUUCCCAGGAUGUGUGAUCUUAAAUCAGAUCAAAUAAGAAGGCUUCAGGUUGAAAGUAACAUUAGGUCUGAUCAAGGCAAAAAUUACAAAUGUGUGCAGGUAACGGCAGAGAAAGCAGAAGCUGUACCGGUGCGUUUCCUUUAACUUGUACAGAAAUGCCCACGGGCACAAGAGAGCCCGGUUGAGUAUGUGGAGGAGUUGGGGGAGAGAUGUGGGAAAUGGAAAAGAAAGAGCAGUUCUGUGAAUGGAUGUGGGAACAAUAUGGGAAUAUGUCAUUUAUAGAUAAAGAAAGGGGCACACUUAAGAUGAUCUUCACAGUGUACCUUAACUUUUACCAUAUAGCAAGGUCAAUGUGUCUGCCCAUCCACUGCCACUCCAAGGGAAAGUUUCCUGGAAGAGACUUCUUUUCACAGAUGCUGUUUCUGAGGAAUGUUAUAGGUGGAUGAAGGAUGGCCCCGCCAUUGCAUAUGUGUGUGUUUGUUCAUGCCUGGGACCCCCUGCCUUAUAAUCUCAGUUGUAAUCUCAGAACAUCUAGGUCCUGCACUCCUAGGGUGUCAUCCUAGGAAAAAUGUUAGUAGACCCUACACUUAUUUUUAUUCUGAUCAUCUUGAAAAUAAAGCAACAGUUAUCACUAUGUGACACUUCCAACAGGAACAGUUAAAAGUCUUUUCCAUAAAAUCAUUUCCUUCUUUCAUGAACUUCCCCUAAUUUAGGCGCAAUUCGAAUAAAAGCUUUUAUUAAAAUAGUACCAUUUAAAUAUUGAAAUUUUGCAAGAGCGUGUUAGUUUUGCUAACAAAAGUAACCUAAGUGUAGUGGUAAUGUUGAUCUAGUUUUCAAAUGUUUGAAAUAAUGCAGAUUACUCACUUAGGAUGCAGUAGGCUAGAUCCAGAGCUGAAUUUACUGUAAUGACAAUUCCAGAAAGGAAGGAAAUGGGAGAAUCUGUUCAGGAGAAAGAAGGAUAAUCUGUGAUUAUACUUCAGUUUAAUUGAUGGAAAUCCAGAAAGGCACGAGUUUUAGGCAGAUGGCACAACCGCACACACACGCUCAGCCUAGACCCCUAGUAUUAGACAUCUGAUUGGCUGGCUUUUUGGACAAACAGAAGAAUUAGUACCGUCCGUGCCUGACGAGAAUGGGAUAAUUACUUAUGUCCAGUUCCCGGGCAUAGCAUAGGACUUGCCUCAAACAUCAUAUUCAGAGAAGAACCUCACUCCACAUGCACUAGUUAUGUUUAAUUUUUUCUUUUCCUUUUGUAGAAACGCCACCCCUUCUGUCUGCCACUGACUUUUGACUGGUAUCAUUUAUCAGCAGAGUUUUUGGUGCACCAUUGUAGAUCCUGCACGUUCUUUAUAUUAAGGAUCACAUUCAGUUAUCUAUAAGUAAACAUUAACAAUGGUUUAAAAUCUGAUUGACUUUGAUCAUAAUUAGAAAAUAUCACCAAUUUAGCAAAAAAUGUGAAUAGAAAGCAAUAUGUUAUAAUACCACUUACAGGGGUAAGGGUGCCUAAUAUUCUAAGACAGAUCAAGGAAUUUAAUAUGCGGGCUACCUACUGCUUAUUUAAAUGUAGACCAAAGUAGGUCCAAAAGUAGCUGCUAAGACAAUGUUUUCAGUACUUGACUAAUAUCAUUAUUUCCCUUCAUAUUGGCAGAAAAAUCCAAGUAAUAUUUUAAGAUCUAGACCGAUUUUUUUUUUUUUUUUCACAGAAGAUGAUAGGAACAUCAAACAGUAGAUUCUCACAUUCUCUGGUUAACUUGUAGAUGCUUGAGCUAUAAUUUACAUGAGCUUAUGCUGUGUUUAGUCCAAGUAACAUGUUUAAUUCUAUUUCCAAAGAUAGGUUCAGCUAAGCCUUCCAAUCCAUGGGGGUCUUUGUUUUUGUUUUUUUGUUUUUUUGUUUUUCACACCUAUCCAGUUAUGCAGCAAAGAAAACCUAUACUAAAGAUCAUAGACCAGUUUAUUCAAACUAUAUAUAUAACACAACUCCUCUAUUAAUAAACAAAUAAAAAGCUGAGAGCAACUUGGCUAUGGUUGGGAUCAUUUGUAAUGGCCCUUCUUCUGUAGGUCUUUGAGUAACUGUGUUAGGAUUUUGUAUGGAGCUGAGAAGGCACAGUUGGGAAAUGCAGACCCACAGUUUCAGCCACUAAACUUGCACCCUUCAGUGAUGGGCAAGCCAUGCCUCUCCCUUAAUUCCAAGUCCCUUCUUUGACUUGCCCUCAAUCCAUUUCACUCUUCAACGUACAUCAUCCCAACUUACUAAGUGGCAAGAACAUCCUGGUGCUAUGCACCUGUGUGUCACAUCUGCCCCUCCUGCCACUGGUGGCAUCUCUAUUCAAGCAGGAAAUCUCUAAAAAGAAGGUUCCUGUAGGUCCCUUGAGACAUUCUAGUAGGUGGUGCACAGGGUUGGCACAGUGAAGACUUUUUUUAAGGAGAGAGAAGGACCUAUCGUAAAUUAGUCUCUUAGUGUGUGCUGCACAGAACCAUAAGCUUUUCAUGUAUAUGAUUACAAUCUUCAGAAUUCCCUGAUAUUCAUUUUACAGAUAAAUCUGUAGCCCAUAUUCUCUCUCUAGGGAAUCUGUUUUUGUGAAGGAAUUUGGAGCAGGUUUACAAUUCAGUUAUUGGUUCACUUAUUCACAUUAAUUUUGGGAUAUUUACCAUCAAGAUUUGAUUAGCGUGAGGGAAGAACACAAAAAUUGGUUGACUCUGACCCUACCCUGAAGAAUUGGUGGUCUCUCCAGAGACUUCAGAACUAGUAGGAACACAUCAAGAAUAGGAGAGGAAGGGCGUGCAGGUAGCAGUGACCACCAGAGGAAAGGCACCAGCAAGUGUCAUCUGCUCUGCAGUAGACAUGAUCUAUCUCUGAAAUGGCAGUUAUGAGGAAAGGGAGUAGUUUAUGGAGUUUCAGUAAAUUUGGACAGAGAUCACUACCUGUGCUUUUCCUAAUUAGGUUUGACUCUAGAGUUGUCACAGGAUGUCCCAUCAACGAGUAACCUUUCCCAAAGAGAAGCGCAAACAGAACAAAACUGCUGACACUUGCUCUCUCCCAAUUCCCCCCCUCACUUAACUAGCCCAGCACAUUUAUCACAAAGAAAUGUGGUCCAUAAUGGAAUAUCAAGGGAUGCCCUGAAGAGAAAAGGAUGUGUGAGUGUGGUCUGACUGGGAUGCAUGCAGAUCACUGCUUGUAAUAACAGUACAAAGAUAACUCGGUGUAUUUCAUCCGGGCUCCAGCUGACCAGUAGCAUCUUCUUUUCCUUUCCCUCCCCUCUCCGUAUCUCCAGAUAUGCAUUACCAGGCAGAGCUAACCAAUCCUGGGAAUGCAGCAGUGAACAAAACCUAUGGAGCUGACAGUCAAAUAUAUUUUAAAAGAAUUCAUUUUGGGGAAAAAAAAUCCAAUCUGUUCUUUUCCCUACCAUGUAAAUAAUACCAGAAGGAAGGACGGGAAGGAGGGAGGGAAGAAAAGAAGGAACAAAAGAACAAAGAAUGGGAGGAAGGAACUCUGAACCAAAUCUGAACACAAAGAUGCACAAGGAGAAUCAUUCCUGUAACAAUUGUGUUCAUUAUUGUGUGAAUUAUUUAAGAAUCUCUUUGAAAUCUUAUUAUAGCUAAAACUUCAGAAAAAAAAGGAUAGAUUGUAAUCUGAACAAAUCUUUCUACAGUACAUUGCAAUUGCUCUUUCUGUAUUGCUGUGACUCUUGAGAUGAAAUGAAAAUUUUCUUUCAAGCGUAUUAACACUGAUGUUGAAUUUCACCCAGGUGUCUCAGGUUUUCCAACUUCCUAGGUAAUGUGGUGUUCUCCCAUAUACUGUCUUCCUUUUUAUUUACAAACAUGGGGUAUAUACCUUGUUCCUAAUGAUUUAAGGAAGCAAACGUUCAUGCACAUGUGACAUCCAUGGUGCUGUCCAUUCCUCCUUUUGGAAGUUGAUUCAGCUCCCAUCACUGUCACUUUUCUCAUUUAGUAAAUGAACAACAUAAAAUCUCUAAUCCCUGCAUUAAAAUCUGACAUCCUUCUACACACAAUGCAGAAGGCACGUCUUACCUUUUUCAUUGCAUAAUGCAAAUAAUGCUCCCAACCUUUGUUAUACUACGAUGAAAGAUGACUGCCCAAUUUUAUUAGUAUUUAUUUAUUGUUUUAAUUAUGUAUUCAUUUAUUCCUUUGCCUUGUUCCAAAAGAUUAAUUUUGUAGUAGAUUUGUUUAAAGUUCUUGGAAUUUUAAAAUAAGGCUUUUUAAACUAUAUUGAGCCACUUUAAUUUGAUGCCUUAAUGUGAUAUUUCACAAAACUUUGAAGGGAGAUUUAUAAGAACACGAAACAACCAAGAAGUGAUGAAAUUGCUUCCAUAAAAUACCCAUGAAAAGACAACUGCAUAUAAAGAAUGAAGUUAAUAAAAGUUAACCCUACACAAACAAAAUAGGUGAUUUUUGCUCUUCAUUUUUACUCUAGCUAUUAACCUGGCUGCCCUAGGUAAUCCAGUGCUAACUAGAGCACAGCACGCUUGCAGUGGGCUUUCGUGCGCCAAGGAGCUCGUGUUACUUCUCUCUAGAUUUACCAAAAUAAAGCGAAAUGUACAUACAUUCAGUUAUACUUUAUCUUUUACCAAACAUUAAUAAUAAAACUCUCAAAAAUCCCAUUUUUGAACACAUGGAUAAAAAGGUACUUGUUUGUACCUGAAACCUUGGCAGAAUUCUAUCAUAAGAGGUUUCUGUGUAUAACCAACAGAUUACACUGGUGGGUUUUUCACAAGCUUUGUACCUUUCUCCCAUUUCCUUGAUUAAUUUGAAGAGAGAGAUUUCUACUAAAAAUGUUGUAUUCGAAACACUUUUAUAUAAACUUUGAAAUUAGGUAAAACUGACUACAAAUCCCUAGGUCAGUAACGAAUGAUCAGCUGUGAGGUGUUGGGCAGUUUUCUUAAUUUUAAAUCCCCAUUUCCCCAUCUGUAAAACUCCCCCAGAGCUGAUGUAAGGAUUAAAUAAAAUCACAUGUGAAAAUUAAUAGAGCAAUACUUGUUUCCUUUUUGUGAUCAUCUCUGAUUCAUUAUAUAUCAAAUCCAUAUAUAAUGUGGUGCACCAUUUUCCCAAUAAGAAAAUAUUAAAACGUUUCCAGAGAUUUUGAGCAUACAUCGUUGGUAUGUAGCCCAAAUAGGUAUUUCAUACAUCAGCUGAGUUGCACAAGCAUGUAAAAUCACAAUUAUGCACUUAAUAUAUUAAUCUGGGAAUACUGCUUUUUUCAUGUCCACGUUUUAAGAAAAUAAUUUAUUCAAAUUUUCCUGUACUUCAACUUCAUUAUGUUCAUUAUUUCUAGAGUCAUGGUUUGAGUUUUUCCAGAGAAUAUCAUAUUUCCUUCUGAGUUUUAUCAACAGAGACGUUUUUGAAUUUAAGUAGGAUGCUAUUACUUGAAAUUUUCUUUCAUGUUGCAAGUGCCAUUUGUAAAGUAUUAAUCAUAAUUUUGUGUUCAUACCUUCAUUCAGUAGAUACAUAAUUAUGAUCUUAUAUAUCAUCAUUGUAUUUUUCUUAUUUUAAUUUUUCCACUUAUUUAUUAUGAAAUAUGCAUAAAAGCUGAGGGUGUCUAAGACUACGUGUGAACAAGACAUUUACUCCACUGGCUAUGAUGGAAUAAGUGAGGACCAAUCUGAGGUAGCAUAUGAAAAUUACACAUAUCUUGAUUAUUUACCUUGAUGCCAUACCCAACAAAUGAUUUGCUCAAUAUAAAAUCAUCUCAUCUUUGUCGAAUAUUA